AUGAACUCCAAACUGAAGCUCCUCGAUUCGGUCACCAAAUCCCUACCUUACAAUCUUCAUCAAUGGCGGUCGAUAGCUAAAGUCAGGCUCAAAUGGGUCAAAAACCGCUCGCUCGACCACAUCAUCAACGUCCACACCGACAUCAAGGCCGCGUGCCUGAUAAAGGACGCCAUAAUACGCUCUCCCACGGGAUACCUGACCUCGAAAUCUCUUCUCGAUUCUCAGAAGCUGCUGGGCCUCACCGUCCCGACGAUGCGCUUCGUCCGGAGGUACCCUUCGCUGUUCGAGGAGUAUCCCCACCCGAAAUACCCAUCUUUGGCCUGCUUUAGGUUGACCCAGCUGGGGAAGACGUUGCAAGAGAUGGAAAUGAGAGUGUUUGAGCAGUGUGAGGGUGAUACCGUGGAGAGGCUUUGCCGGGUUCUGAUGAUGACGAGAAAUAAGAUGCUACCUUUGCAAUCUCUGCAUCAUCUGAAAUGGGACUUAGGACUGCCCGAUGAUUUCGACAGAGGCCUUACCAAAAAGUAUCCUGAUCAUUUCCGGGUGGUCAAGGGCACGAGCGGCUCGACUUGCCUGAAGCUUGUCCGAUGGCGUGAGGAAUUUUCCAUCUCCAACCUGCAGAAAAUGAACGAGAAGAACAUUGGUGGGGAUCACGAUGCCAGCAGUGACAUCAUGACGGGGUACCGUGACUUCAAGAGAGGAAAAGCCGCUCUGCAGUUCCCCAUGAGCUUCCCAAGAGGCUACGGUGCUCGAAACAAGGUCAAGGCAUGGAUGGAUGAGUUCCAAAAGCUUCCCUACAUCUCGCCCUACGAGGACUCAAGCGGCAUCGACCCGGAUAGCGACCUCAUGGAGAAAAGGGUGGUUGGAGUUCUGCACGAGUUUCUUGGCUUAACCAUUCACAAGAAGACGAAAAGGAAUUACUUGAGGUGCCUGAGGGAAGAACUUAACCUUCCUCACAAGUUCACCCGGAUUUUCACGAGGUACCCUGGGAUUUUUUACCUCUCGUUAAAGUGUAAAACGACGACUGUGGCCCUAAGAGAGGGGUACCAAAGGGGAAGGCUGGUGGAUCCGGACCCCCUCGCCCGUUACAGGGAUAAACUCUACUAUGUUAUGAGGACAGGGUUGGUUUUUCGAAAUAAAGCGGCGGACAUGAUGCCUAAUUUGAGUAGUGUGGGUGAUGAAGCAGAGAAAGAAGAUGAGAGUGAUGAGGAAGAAAUCGAGAUGGGCGAUGAGUACUGUGAUUCGGAGAGCGAUUAUGGUUCGGAUGAUGAUUAG